AGAGGGAGUCAGCUAUCCCAGGAAGCCUUGGAUCAAGUGCUCGAGCGGCUUUCGCGACGCCUGCAGCAGCAGCGCCUCACUGCGCGGGCUUGGUUCACGAAGGCCGAUCUCGAUAAGGACGGGCUGCUGUCGAUGCAGGAAUUCACGCAAGAAGCUCUGAAAAUGCCUUUGGGCAUCGAGGCAGACGAGUUGAAGCAAGUGUUCUCGAUGUUAGACAAGCAAAAGCGACGUUUUGUCAGUUUGAUUGACUUCGAGACGGCGAUUCGCGAGUCGGAGGCCAAGAACACGCCGCUGGAGCAGUGGCGUAAGGACUGUCUCCUACGUCUGGCCACGGCGUGCAAGUUUACGGCUUCAGUUUUUCUACAUACAAGCUGAUCAACUACUUACUUACAUCAUCUCGCCAUCAGAUUCAGCUCUGUGCGGCGUUGAUUAUCACGACUUCAAUCACGUUCUAUUUCUACACCGCCGCAUUCUUUCAGGUAUACCAGAUUCAACAUGCUUACUAGUCUCGUGCUCAAAAACAGCAUCAGUCGGUCCCUUUCUGUUCUUCUUUCAUUGUUCGGGCCGGCAAGGAGUGGAAGCAGGUCUUUUUCGCGAGCACGCGGGGCAAUGUGCUUGCGCGCAAGGACUUCGAGACGCAGUUGUUGAAUUUUUCGAUUGGCGUGCGAUCGGAUCAAGUUAAGAAACUUUGGACGGUCUUUGACAGGGAGAAUUCUGGUUAUGUCCAUUUCAACGAAUUUGUAGAUGGCUUCCAGAAGUGCAUCGGGACGGGGGCACUCUCGACUACCGCGUUCGUUUCCCCGAAGGCACUGGAGUCGCCAACGACGGGCACAGCAGAGGUCGGCGACAUGGGCCAUGAAUACUACUACGUGUGCCUCAACAGGAUCCUGCGCAAGUGCAAAGUACAUCAUCUUCUAGCCUUCACAGAUGAAGUAUCAUCUUCAUUCAUUCUCUCCUCAGGAAUGCUUAGUUAUGCUUUUGUGAUAAAGUUUGUGCCACUUUUUGGAUAAGUAAUGAAUUAUGACAAGCUGAUGCGCUAUUUUUUUCACAGGAUCGAGGUUACCCAGCAGCAGCAGCGGCAUUCGCUGGCUUUGAUGCGGAUAAAGACGAUAAACUCGGCAAGGGUGAUAUCAAUCGUGCCUUCAAGGAUUUGAAUCUAGGAUUCUCGGAUGAAGAAAUCGAUAUGCUCUUCGCUCGAUUGGACGGGCGCAACACGAACAUGGUAAGUCUCGAUGAACUCCGGAAUGCCUUCAUGGAAGCAGAAAUCAGCACCAACAGGCAGGUACUUGUUUCUUAGUCGUCCCUCAAGUGUUCAUAUUCACUGUUCACUGUUUCUGAUUGACAAAUUUCUUGAGCAGAGGUUAUUUUUGCUGAACUGUUUUUUUUCAAUCUUAAUUUGGUAACAACUCUACUUCUUUCGCUUGAAUUUCCAUAUCAGUUGAUACUAUGGACAGACGAGAUUUUCCAGAAGUUGAAAGGAGCCAUCGAGCGUUCUGGUAAGGCGGUUGAAGACGUGUACCAGGGCCUAACCGAGGGCAAUCGCCGUGGUCUUGUGGAGGAAGGACCGUUCCUCAACCUCGCGAGGCGCAUGAAUCCCGGCAUGUCCGAUUAUGUGAAUCAUGGACUACUUGCUCUUCUUCGGGAUGAAGAUCUUGUAGAGAUGAGAAAUAGCAACACAGGUUUCGUCGAGAAAAGGAACUAUUUUGUAAGCACCAGACUACAUUCACAAGUAUCUAUACAUAGUAAGAUCAUCAUCAUCAUCAUCGUCAUCGUCAUCGUCUGGAACUUGAGCAAGAAGAUCUUUUCUGUUCGUGAAAAGAUGUUAAUGUUUUCUUUCAUAUUCCAGAGGAGUUGAAACGUUUGUGGCAGGCGGUGGACAAAGGAAGCGACGGCUGUUUGAUGCUCGACACGUUCAAGAAUAUGUUCGGCAAGAGUGAAGUUGACCAGUUGCUGAAGAGCGAAGCCGCAACCGAGGAAUAUUUCUCCAUUCUGUUGGGUAAACUGUUCAACAAGCUGCUAACGAAGGGGUUCCGGACUACGAGGGAGGCAUUUGACAGCUUCGAUAAUGACCGCGACGGAAAAAUCACAAGGCAAGAGUUUGACGAAGGUUGCCGCAGACUUGGCGUUGGCGGAAGUUCAGAUGAACGAAUGCUUGUGUUCAGUCGGAUCGACGAUGACGGCAAUAAUGUGGUUUCCAGUGAUGAGUUCCAGCGUGCAGUGGUGCGCGGGAGCCAGUACGACGGUGUGGAGCGUUGGGGUAAGGAGAUCGUGCAGCGAAUUGUCGUCGCGAUUCAGCAGAGCGGAAAGUCGAUUCGGGAAGUGUUUGAGGCACUAGGAAGCAACGCCCCAACCAUCCUGAUGGAGCACUUCAAUAAGGUACUGCAGGCCUUUGAUGAGUCCUUGUCGCCUUCGCAACUGAAACGACUCUGGCAGAUGGCGGACAAGAACAACGAUGGCAGCAUCGAUCUCACCGAAUUCGAGGCGAUGUUCGGUCCGAACAGUGUGCUGCUCGGGGGCGCGGGCGUAACAUCGUCGUCUACCGCCAGCACUUCUGUGGGAGUGAUAGCAGCUGCUACGACGAGUCAACCACCUCCACCGAAUCCGUAUCUUGCGGCAGCGGCGCCAAAUGCGGCACCGGCUCCAGCGGUAACGACGAGCUUAUCGCCAGCUGGCCCCAUUCCAGUGGCCACGGCGCAGCGCGUCAUGGAUGCUGACGCAAACCGGCCGCAGCGUUCGUCGCCUGCCGUGGAGAACCAGAAUCGCGCUUUCUGCCUCGUGAACCGCAUGAGCCGCAGUUUGCAGGCUAAGAGCGCAACGGCUCAUAACACGUUUGGCGUAUACGCCAUGGCGACGAUUGGGCCGAACGCGGAGCCUGCAAUUCCGAUGGCCGACUGGCAGCACGCAGUUAGUAGAAGUGGACUGGGUCUCUCACUAGAAGAAGGCAAUUGGUUGUUGAAGGAGCUCACACAAGGAGCGGCACCGCAAGACGUAGGGAAACUGUCGAUGCCCUUACUUGACAACCUGUUGAAGACAUCGCCCAAGCCGCAACAGGUCGAGAGUUGGGCGAAGCAGUGGCUCAAACAGGUUUCUUUCUGCUAGCAGUAGGUGGUCUUCACAUUUUUAUGUAUCGCAAUCGCAUUCUCUAGAAUUUUUAUGUUCAUGUGAUUGAAUGUGAAUCGCUUUUCUCCCGUUUUUUCGUACCGCAAUUCUGAAUUUAGAUUUACUCUUCAUUCCAAAUGUUCAGUUUGACAUGGAGGCAACGCGGCGUGGUCAUCGCCGCGGGCUGGUGAGUUCGAUCGAAAGUUUUGGUUCUGCGCCUCUGCCGCUGGAAACCCUGCGAGCGGAAAUAUCGCGAUUUGCUACGCGUGAGGCGGUACCUUUCUCGGACGAAGAGUGGUCCAAAGUGGCGAUACUAGUAGACAAAGAUCCAGACGGACGCGCAUUGUGGGAACCCUUCCUGCAGUGGGCCGCAGGCACUGAGGUGGCUGAUGCAUCAGCAAACUCGUCAGGGACUCUUUUCGGUAACCCCGGGGUAGAGGAGCGGAAAUUUAGCUCUACCGUAGUCGGGGGAACCAAUGUUGGUUAUCUGAUGACCAUCAUCCGCGAAAAGUUAGCCCGACGAGGUGUGAGCACAAAGGAAAUGUUCCUCAAGUGGACGAGUGGCCGCUCAGAGCAGGACUUAACGCAGGCAGAGUUCGUCUCCUGCCUGCAGUCCAUGCCUCUGGGCCUCACGUCCAGCGAACGGGAGCAACUCUUCCUCUUUGUAGACACGAACGGCGACGGCCGCGUAUCGUACGCUGAGUUUGAGAACGCACUAAGAUAUAGUGCCGACACGAACUUAGCAGCGGUGCAGGCCGACGAAAAGUGGGUCUACGACCUCUUUGCGCGCAUCAAGACAAGUUUGCAGGCGACGGACACUUCCGGCGCUUCGCUAGACUUCUUGAUACGCAACCUGUUCGACCGCAUUGCCCAACAAGGCCCAGGAUCCGGCUCCUCUUCCACUCUUAAGGCUAAGCUGAAUGUAAGUAUGACAGUGGGCCUAAAGAUGAGAGGGAGCACAUUAAAUUCGGAGUGAAGCACAUCUCUAACACUUCAAGCGCUCCUAGCAAGUGCAUCGCAAAGGGAUCGCUCUUCGGCACGAUUCGACUGUUCGAACGCGAUGCGAGCGACCAGCAGUUGGAGAAGCUGUUUGCUAUGACGGACAAGGACGGCGACGGCAACGUCGAAUUUGAAGAGUUUUUGGCUGCAGUACUAGGCAAAAAGGCAGUGCUUUCGAAGAAUGUAGUCCACGAGGCGUACCAGAAUUUAUGACAUAGUGUAUAGGCAUGCUGUGAACUAGUUCUUCUAAAGUAGAUUCAAAGAAUCGUAAUCUACAACAUAUUCUCUGCAAUGUCGGCGCAGUCCUAGAUCAAAUAUUUGUAAAGCUCUAAAAAGUGUGUUGUCGACAAUUGGAAACGCUGUUCCGGACCCUACCGCGCACACGCAGCAAGAGGAACCGAGCGCAGAGUUGAAAGUUGUUUUGAACGCGAUCCGAGCGGCACUACCAGGUCUGAAAAAAACUAUGCUUCAAGUGUGCCAGGUCUUCGACGCCGAUGCGGACGGGCGAUUACGGGAAAAAGAGGUGUAUCAGAUUUUUAACGCGUUCCCUGAGGGUGCUGUGCCAAUUGAGACUGACAAACAGACGAAGAAUGACGUCUUCAUGAUGCUCGUAGACUGUUUUCCAGGCAGGGACGUGCAACCAGGAGAAAACGUGAAGAUCGGAGGCAUGGAGCCAACUAUCAGCACGAACCUGUGGAGUUUUGCGGUCGACCAAUCCGGUGGGUCCAAGGAAGGCGGCACAGGGCCUGCUCAAGCGUCCCAAGUGGUCCCCGAAUUGACCACACCGGAAAUGUGCAAGCAGAUAGUUGAUGGGAUUCUCGCGAAGCGUCAGGCGCGUGGUGCGAUUGGCGGUAAUUUGUAUACUGUGAGUUUUCAUCGUUUUUCGUGAUAAUUUUUCACCAUGCUUGUUUAUGGAAGAGUAGAAGAAAUUCUUGAUAGCAUGUAAUCGUUUGCUGGAACGCUCGUCCAGGUCCCGCCGGCAUCUACGAGGAGCUUGCAGGUUUUGCACGAGGACAGGCCUUUUUAACAAAGCAACAAUUCGUUGGUGCGGCGCUUACCGUGGCGCCGUCGCUUAAAGCAGACGUCAUUGAAACCCGCUUCAGCACCCUUCCUUUGGAUCCUGCAGGUCUCAACGUCGAUAUCCAUCGAUUUGUCGAAGCCUAUAAGCCCUACGAGCCACCACCAGCCGACGCAGCGGGAGCGGGCAUGCAGGGAGCCGGGUCCAUGACUGCGGCGCCAGUUCAACCUGUUGCCGCAGCUGGCAUGCCGCAACAGCCGAUGGCAUCUUCGCCUGGCGGCGGAGGCCUUGGUGCACCCUCACCAGGUCAACAGAUGCCUUCGCCUGCGCAGACGGCUCCCGGUCUGCCCGCGACAGUUGCUGAAGUGAGCAUUGACCCCACUACCUUCUUUUCCGACGUGAUUUUGAUGCAGUUGCGCGAGCUCACUGCGCGACAGGGUGCAGAUAUCACUUUCCGGCAACUGGACCCGCAAGGGCUCGGAGAAUUAAGCCAGCAAAUGCUCGAAGACGGCCUGCGCAAUCUCGGCGUCGCGCUCUCGCCGCCGCAAGUGUUUGCCUUGUUCGAGCAGCUGAAGCAAGCCGGGCCGCCGCUCGGAUUCGGGCCGCCGCAGAUGAAUCCUUUGGGCGGACCGCCGUUGCCUCCGCAGCCGAUGCUGAAGAUAUCCGUCUCGCAGGCGGACUUUGCGGCCGCCUUUGGAUGCGCGAACAAGAACACCGAGGCCUUCGUGUUUGUAUUGCUGCGACGGGCGAUGGAGAUGGAGAACCGAAGCACACCGACAAGCCCGGAAGAUGAGGCGAUACUGAGGGCGCAGUUGUGGGCCAGGAGUUUUGGAGCCGAGAAACAGGACGUGACGCGGUAUGAGGUCGAAAACUUCAUCGCGAAGUACGACCUGACUCUGGCGAAUGCGCAGAAAGACGUGCUGUGGGCGGUCUUGUGCGGCUCGCCUGGCGCGGAUCGGCUUCCCAAGACCCGCUUCCUCCAAGCCCUCGAAGGGGUCGGCCUACCGACUGUGACCUACCACGACGUGAAACUGCUGACAAAACACCAGCUGAAGACCGCUAUGACCGCUUUGGAAAUAUGGUUCGCGAGCAGCCAGCCACCGCCUGCAUCACAACCUGGCAUUCCACCCCAGCCUGUGCCACCACCAACGGCGCAGUCUGUAAUGCCGCGACAGGACGUUAUGCGCGUGCUGCGUUUCGCGCUUCCUGGUCUGACCCAGCGAAGCUUGGAGCACUUGAUGCGAUUGAUGCCAGCACAAGGGGGAGUGACUGGAGCAAACUUGUUUUUUAUGCGGUUCCGGGACAAGCUCCAUGCUGCCAUUGAGAUGCAGAAUGCAAAGGCGAAAUUGCCAGCGCCCUUUGACAAGCAAGUGGUGCUGCCAGCGGCGCAGUACUUGAAGCAGAUGCUGGAGAAGCGGAAGCUUAAGAGCAUGCAUGAAGCGUUCGCGCAGUGCUUUCCGAGUGCGGCCCCUGAGCUGCAAAAGGGUGCCAAUGCGCGUGAGGCGCGUGUGCCUUUUCGCGACCUGGGUCCGAGUUUGCAGCGUGUCCUAGGACUCUCGCCGCAAGACUUAACCAACAUGCUGCAAAAUGAGGCGACGAGCGUACUGCCACUCACUCUGUGCGACCUGGACGCACAGGUGCUGGACGUGGUGGAGCUGGCACAAAGGCUGGACAAACUCGCUGGGCUCUCGCGCGGCGGUCUUGGCGCGCAAACGGAUCCUAACAAGGCGGUGCGCGCCCCCCCGGGAGGCGAGCUGUCGCCUCUUGUGGACCUACUCUCUUUGCAGCAACAAAACGCAUUGGUGUAUGACCUGGAAGCAUACCUCGUUGAGAGCAACAAGACGGUGGCCAGAAGCGGUGGCGCGCAGCAACCGCGCGAGGGCGUAAGCUGCGAAAAGAUUUUCCAGUCUAUGCAGUCCUCAUCGCUGGUAGCGAAGACCCUGUCCCCGCAGGAGAAACUACAAGUGCAGGCGUUUUUGCAGGCUGAAUCCGCGUUGGCGGACAGCGCAGCCUUUGCAGCUCUCUUCGCGUUCUCGGUGCAGAUUGAGCGCAUGAGCAUGAAGCAAGCAGGCGCCAAGGAGGCAGCAUGGCGUGGUUUCGUCUUGCGAGUACGAUAUGCUGGCUACACCGUACAAUUGCCCAGAUUUGAACUCCCCAAGGUGGCGGGUUUCUUCAAGAAGGCGGAGAUUCAGCCUGCUAAUUGGCGCCAGUCGGCCGAGUUUCUACUCGACGGCAUGCACAAGCUCUCCUCCUCGGAUAUCAAGAAAAACAUGGACCCUAACGCGCCCGAUCCGCUGACGCUCGAACUCUUUGGUGAAGCAGCCGGAAACGAGCCUGCUGGACCGGGAACGAUUUCCGGUCCGCACGGGCAACAGUACCAGCCGCUGGGAAGCUUUUCCUUUCGUUUGGGACAGGAGCCUUGGAUGCCGGGGCGCGAUCUUCGCGGUGUGGAUGCGAAGAUCAGCUACGUUGACCCGCAGACACGGAAACCACUCUUCGAGUUUUCGUUUGCUGUGUCCACUCGCAAUGCUGGGCGUCUGCUCGAAGCGUUGUCGAAGCCCGAGAACUCGUGGGCAGUGCAGGAGUUUGCCAAAAACGCGUUUGGUCGUGUGAUCGAGAAGCGACAGAAAGAGAGUCGACCGAUUUUCUUCUCCCAGGGCGUUGCAGAGGAGGUGAAAGCGUUCAGCCAGCGGCGAGAUGACGCUUUGUUACAACCGGAAUUUCAGAAGUUCAUGGAACGCUACGCUGAUGCGACGCUUGCUCGCAACCCAGUGUUAAUGGACUGUCUGUUCAAAGCGGCGUACCGCGUCAGUGGUCAAGACAUGCUGGAGGCUGAGCGUGGUAUUCGACCGGCGAGUGGUGGACCUACCGUCCCUGGUGCAGGAUCUCCAGGCGUAGUGCCAGGUAGCGGAAAUCUGACCGCUGCAGGUAUGCAGGGAGCGGAUCCGUCAGCGCAGCUGCCACCGCUGCGUGUGCCAAUCGAAGAGUUCGCACGCGUGUACUUCGAGCACCGCGAAGGCGGUAGGAAGCACGCAGAUUUCGGUGCUGAGGACCAGGUGUUGAGCGUCGAUUCGAUUGAUCCGAUUCUGUACGACAUGCUGAUGGCAGAGAUUCGCUUCCGCAUUAUGAUGAAACGGCAAACGCUCUCGGCGCUGUUCCGCGAGAUGGAUACCAGUGGAGAUGGGUCCCUAGACGUGGACGAGCUCUUCGACGCCUUCAAGAAAACGUUGCAGAGCGAGUUCUCAAGGGAUCAAGUGCGUAUGCUGCACAAUUUCAUGGCGGGUGGAGCCGGAAAGUCCAUCUCGGAGACCCAUUUUGUGGAGUUGUUCGGACGUAUGAGCCCAAUUCUAGAUAGCUACCUGUUCUUGAUGCUGCGUCGCAUUGCCUACCACAUCCAGCAGAACCAGAGCGCGACUUACAGCAUCGAGAUGCUGUGGCGCAGUAUUCCUCGGCAGAGUGGCGACCCCACGAAGUUGUACAAGAACGAGUUCUUAAGCUUUGUGCACGAGAACUACGACUGCACUUUGACGACGCAGCAGAUGGACCGGCUCUGGCUGCUUGUGGACCGCGAACGCAGGCAAUUUUUGGAUCAGGCGAUGUUCGCGAAGAUUCUCUCUCCGCCCGUGCCCGUGCACCGCUUCGAGGAUCUGCAGCAGGUGAUUACCACCAUGAGCGCGAAGCGCAUUGGCGGAUUGCUCAAGAUGUUCGAGCAUCUGGACCUACGAAAAAAGCGGGAAGUGACGCGAAACGAGUUUUGUUUAGCGCUGAAACUUGCGAUGCCGGUCGAGUUGGGUGGCGAGGUGGAAUUGAGCCAGGUUCUGCGUCUAGCGCCCACGACCAAGGGUGGCCCAAUGGAUCCCUACCAGAUGUACAAUUACCACGAAUUUCUGCAGAAAUUGGAGCAAAAGGUGGAUGCUUCGCGCGGACCGCUGGACGAUGCCAAAAAGCUCCUGAUUUUGAAGUCCGUGCAAGACGUUCAGGGGAUCUUGGACCGGAAAAACGUGGAUUCAAUGCUAAAACUCGUCCAAGACAUCGCUACCGAAGCUGCGCGCGAACAAAACUUGCCAACCGUGGUGUACCAGCGUGUUGACUGUGAGGCGCUCGUCCGGCACGUGCGUGCGCGACUUGAGCUCUCAGGUCAAGAAGUUGCGGACUACCUCACCGGCGACAAGGCUUCGCUCCUGUAUCUUGGAACAAUUUCGAGCGAUCCGGCCACUGGGCGACGCGUCGUUGACGUGGCGGAGUUGGCGGCGAGAUUCGACCAAUUGCGGGCUGAAGAAACCCAUCUGGUAGCGCGAACGCAACAACGGGCUUCCACGUCGAAAGGGGAGGCGGGGGCGGACCAAGUGACUAGCGCUAAGCGCGAUAAGGCGUUCCGUGCGAUAGACUACAGCGACGGGCGGUUGCAGUUCUGCCCGAUCCGAUUGCCAGUCGAGAAGCAGACGGAGCUUUGUGAAGUGUUCGAGGUUCGGUACAAGGAUGGCUUGAUCCCCUUUGACCGAUUGAGCAGUCUGAUGGUGGAGCUGCAGGCUGGCAUAAUGCGGUCCGAGCUCGACCAGUUGCAGCGGUGGACGCAGAGCAGUUUGGCGGCGCAGCAAGCAGCGGGUUCGGCGGCAGGCGGGCGACUAUUCUACCCCCAAAUGACUUGUUUUACCGUCAUGUUGGAGAAGGUGAGUGUGCGAUGGCCGCCCAACGUGGGCGGGCAGGGUGGUGGCCGGGAACCACCAUUCUCGCAGUUCCGGUUCCACAUUGGCUUCGGGCAGCAAUUGGUGCCUCUGAACGGCUUCGCACCUCCGAAGCAACAGAAAUCGUUUAUGACGAGCUCUGCCGCCGCCGCCAAGGUCACUAUGCCACCGGACUGGUUUCAGGCCGCUCAAUACUACCUCGACGGUCCAGAGCGCGUGCCGCUUCGCAGGGUCGUCGCAGCCACGCAAGGCGCUGCCUCGUCCGAAGACAUGCUUACCUUGUUCCUUUAUGGCAUAGACGCGAGCACGAGUCAGUGGGUGCCACUUGCAAAGUCGGAAAUCGCUUACGGGUCCGCGGAUUGGCCGCAGGGACGAGACGUCAGUGUUCCCAGUAAGACGAUGGACGUGCAGCUUCCGGGACCGCGGGGCUCAAUGGGGUCGAUUCAAUUAGAAUUUGCAAUCUCCACUCAAAAUGCUGCGCGGCUCACAGCGAUGGUUGACGAGCACUACAAUUUAAGGAAAAGCGAGAGUAGUAUCCAUUACAUACUAACUUAGUGGUACUGGAUCAAUAUGCUUAAGUUGAUACAUAGCAAGGUACACAUACAAGAUGGUUUUCAAAGUUUGGUUCGCCAUUGUUCUACUUCUACUUCUAAGAAAAAUCGUUUUGAAUAGAUUGCGCAUGAAGAUUGCGGAGGGUGCGCGGCCGUUGUUGGACGUGGUUAAGAUGUACGACCAGGACAAUUCAGGCUCCAUUGACCGACAGGAAUGUGACAAAGUUUUAUCCUCGUUCCCGAUGCAAAUCGACGCGGAAGAGCGGGAAGCGGUCUUUACGCGUCUUGCAGGCACGAAGAAGGAGAUUCCGAUAGCGGACUUCGUAGAUGUGAUAGCGCAGUCGAAAGACCUCGUUACUAGUGGUCCAGAGUGGGCCGUCAUCGAGGGGGGACGCAUGCUUCGAAAAUUCAUUCCUGAGUACUUCACUUUGUGAAUCUAUUCAAUAAUGAUUUAUUUCAUUGGUUAUGCCCGGUUUUUGAUGUCACCAUGACCAUGACCAUCUUCAUUGGAAGAAUGUGCGCAGAAGAAGGCAUGACUGUAGACCCAAUUACGAUGUGCAAAAAAUCUUGUAGGGCUGAGCGUCGCAAGGCGACUCUGGCGCAGACGAAUCCGGCGGUGAGAAUAGAAGAGGCAGUGCAAGAGGUUUUACUUGAUUUCAGCAGGGCUCAACCGCGGACCAAAGGACUGCUAGCAGAGGAUGAAUUUGCUGCCGCACUUGCUGCUUUUGGAUACACUGAUAUGCUGAAUAUGACGCGCGUCUUGGCUCACACUGCGAAGGAUCGACAGGGUAUAAUUACAAUUUGUCACAAACAGUGGCAGAUUAAAAAUAUUCUCGAAAAAAUUACUGCCGUGCGGUCUUGUAUUUUCAAUUUUAUGAUGGACACGAGACGUGCUGGAAUUUUAACGAUGCAUCUUUGUGUGACAUAAAUACUCAAAUACGACGCCACAAAUCAACCCCAGGUAAAGUGACUGUUUCCGCCUUCGUCACCAAAUGCUAUGCCCCGGCAGCCGGUGCUUCUGUAACUCCACGCGCCUCGAAGCAGUUCACUCAAGCAGCAGCAGAUCCCAUGGUUCCUGAUGCUGAGCUCUUCGUAGAUACCCUUUCCUUCUACUUCUUCACGACACUGCGCGAUCAGAGGCAAAACCUAGACUCGCUCAUGCGUACUCGAGGAUAUUCUAUGACUUUAUUGGCUAGAAUUGUUGUUCUUGGGUAGUGUAAUACCGUUUCGAGCUAGAGCCUGUGGAGCGAGUAUAAGCAUUCGAUCACUUGCGGACUUCAGGGAUUUUCAGACCAUGCAUGGAUGACAUUGCCAAGCAAUAUUAGAUCUUGUUACUUCACAUUGAAGAAAAGGAAGAAUAUCACAAAUUUCGCGUCAUGUAAAUUAUAGGUGCUUUCCCGACGAGCAUGCAAUUAGGGGAGAACGAAUUAGCCACUGGAUUCCGCAAUUUGGGUCUUAGUGCAGCUGCCUCGAGCCUGUGUCUGCAGAAGAUGCUGCAACUCGGAGUGGCGUCUACCGUACCCCAGUUCCGGCAAACGUUCUUUGAGUCGCGUGGUGUAGGUCAGUUUCCUCCGGGAGUGGCGAAACCCGCUUCGGCCACGUUUUUUGAGGCGUACUACCGCAACGCGAUCCAGUAUGUUGCAGACUCGAUGGUGCGCGAGUUCGGCACUGUCGACAACGCCUUUGCGCAGCACGCAAAGGCGGGCGUGCUUGAGCAUUUUGCAUUUAAGUCUCUGGUAACCCGCUACGAGCAAUUGCUGAACGAAAGGCAACUGACUGAAAUGUGGAGCCUCAUCUUGCUCUCCGUACCACAACAAUCCAGCCGUAUGUCGCAACAGCAACCGCAAAGAACGUUUCUAGAUUUCGAGGCGUUUCGGCAGGUAUUUGUGCCGCCGGUGGCGCUGCCUCCGAGUUUUGAAACUUGGGUUCCGAACUUCAUGAAGUCAAAUCUCGCGAUGAAGCUGAACGUGUUGAAGCCGCGUUUUAAGUCGGUGGAUUGCGAACAACGCGGAACGGUCGACCGUCGAUUGUUCAUCGCCGUUCUACAGACGGUUGCAUCUCAAGACCUAACAGGAGCUGGCGCACAGCAGACACUGUCGCAGGUAGAGGCGCUGCAAGUUGCGAGAUUUGCACCUCUGGAACGCUCCCCUAAUCCGGCAGACGCGCAACAGCAACCACUUCUAUGGGAAUGCAUUUGAGUGUUGUACUGAAAAAAGUUCUUUGAAGAAAAUACGAUUCAGUCUAAUGCUGCCUAGUUGUACUUGUAGUACUUAGAAGCGUUUUCUGGUAAAACAAACAUCUUAGGGACGUCGUGAAGCAUGUACGAUGUCGACCUGAAGUACAGUUUGAUUUUGUUUUCUAAGACGUGUUCCUGUGGUGCCCAACUACGGUCGCUUUUGCCAGAUGGUGGCGGAAGAGGAGACUUUCACGCAUCCAGUGCUGGAUUUAAACCAACGGGAGCGGCUUCGCAGUAACUGUUUGCGCAUGCAGAAAUUGUUGGAGGAGAAGCAAAUCCGGGACUUUGCGACGCUGCUCGCACAAAUUUCUCCUCCAGGCGCGAGCGUGGCGCCCAAAGGGCAGUUAUUCCAGGCACUCAUGGCGGCAUUGUCCCUCUCGCCCCCCGAGGCCCAGGAAUUGCUCGCGGACCCACUGAUCGGUCUCCUACACGCGCUGCCUUUCGUGACGUUAGCGGACGAAGUGUUGUUGCAGGAUCUGAGCCAGAAGUUCGAUGCUAUGCGCGGGGUCACCAGUCUCACGGUCGACGGAGACCAGAGCGGUUUGGGACGCUUUCGCGACAAUGUGAGUGAGUUCGACCGAAAGCUGCCAAACGUGAUUCCGCAGCUCGCGCAGCAACUGCACAUUGCGCAGGGACUGGCAGCGGACUAUCCUGGUGGUCUGGUGCCCUUCCACAAGUUGCAGCGCCUCGUGGAGACUUCGACGGGCGGCGGGGAACUACCGCUCGCGGACCAGCAAGGAUUGAUGAAGUGGUUGGGGUGCGACUCCAUUCAGGCAGUGGUGAGAUACGCGCCUCUGUUAGCGUUUGCGGUUACCGUUCGAAACUUUCACAUCAAGUACAACCCUGAAAGCAGGCUGCAACAGCAAUUUCGAAACUUACGCUUGCAGAUCACUUUCUGUAACUGCCGAAUAACCGGGACCGCGUUCGGAAUCGCAACUGCGAAAAGGUAGAGUUGUUUUUUGAAUUGUGAGAAUAUUUGGGAAAAAUCGUUCUUUUCCGCUAACGUUUAUAUCUUGGUCGAAGUACCAGGUCGGAGAUUCAACUCUUAUAUUGGCUCUUCAUGAUUCUAAUCCUGCAGUUCCGCUGGCGUGUUUAAUCGAGACAUUCCAUCGACAACAAUUGAUCCGAACGCGUGGAGCAGAGUAGAUUUCUUUGUGGACGGGCCAAAGCGACUGUCAGUUGAUGACCUGAAAAAAGCGUUAGCGGUCGACGGCCCGGAGUCUCACUUGCUGACUAUCGAGGUCCAGGGAGAGCAAGCGUUCGGACCGCCCGCCAACUGGGUUACGAUUGCUCGGGUGGCCUACAGGUACUUACAUUUCAGAACACCAAUACAUAGUAGUUGAUACAAGUAGAUAUUCUAAAAGGCACCAGAACGAGGGAUCAAGAUAAAUCGUUCGUGUUCAUAGGGGUCGAUGUUUUUGUUCUCUGUCUGGUUUCAACGUUGUGUUUGUAUGACAAAAAUUUUAUACGGAAAAAAAUAGGUAUCGAUCGUCAGAGUGGCCCAGUGGUCGCGAGCUCGACAGGAAAAAGGAGAUUUUGGAAGUCAAUCUUGGGGUUGAAGCACAGCGCAGUAAGGUUAAGGCUUCUUUCAGUACUGUGUUUCUUCAUUUGGAACUUCCUUCAUCAGAGAGCUAGGACUACUGCAUUGAUUUGAAACUUGAACUUUUCUCAAGGGUAGGACUACAAUACUGCAGGCUUGAACUCUUUUCUGAUGAAAAAAGAGUUUCUCGAGAGCAUUUAGUCACGUUUCUUGUCUUUACACAUGGACAAGUUAUUGGUAAAUCUUCUAAGAACGGCAAACUGAGUUUCGUGUUCGACGUAGCGACGCAGAAUUUGCCUCGGUGCGAGCACUUCGUUCAAACGGGUGGAAACCACACUCCUCGUACACCCCGAGCAGCGUCGCUUACCAUGCUACCAAGUGCGUCCGCAGCUCCAAGUGUCGGAGCACCCACGCAGGCACCGGCAGCUUCCACCGUCGCGGCACCCAUGCAGGCGUCGACAGGACCCACUGGCCAGGAGAGUCUUGUUAUCAACCACAUGCAAGCAAGUGUGCCACUGCAGCCACAGCAACAGCAGAUAUCGCAGCCUCCGCAGCCGGCGGCACAAGCGGUGCAGCAGCAGCAAGUUUCGACAAUAGAUGUGCCGCAACAGCAACCGUUUCAACCACAACAGCAACUCCCACCAUUCGCUCAGCCGCAAGCUCCGCAGCCGCAGUUUAACACGCCACAGCAGCAAGUGCUGCAACUACAACAACAACAACAACAACAACAACAGUUUGAUAUGCCGCAGCAGCAACCACCGCAACCACAACAGCAGCAGCUCAAUAUGCCGCAGCAGCAACCGCAAUUCAGUAUGAAGCAGCAGCAAACACCACAACCGCAGCAGCCGCAGUAUGGCAUGCCUCAACAGCAAGCGCCACAACCGCAGUAUAACAUGCCUCAACAGCAAGCGCCACAACCGCAGUAUAACAUGCCUCAGCAGCAAGCGCUACAAGCGCAGUAUAAUAUGCCGCAGAUGCAAGCACAACCUCAGUUCAAUAUGCCGCAGCAGCAAGCGCCACAACCGCAGUUCAAUAUGCCGCCGCAGCAAGCGCCACAACCGCAGUUUAACAUGCAGCAGCAGCAGCAGCAAGCGCCACAGCCACAGUUUAACAUGCAGCAGCAGCAGCAAGUGGCGCCACCUCAGCCGGCGACAUUCCAGCAGCAGCAACAGCAAAUGGCGCCACCUCAACCACUGAUCCAGCAGCAACAGCAAAUGGCGCCACCUCAACCACUGAUCGAGCGGCAACAGCAAAUGGCGCCGCCUCAACAACCGAUCCAGCAGCAGCAGCAGCAGCCACUUCCGCCGCAGCAGGCACCGUCAUAUUCGGUGCCGCCGAGUGUGCAGCCGGCAAGUGCGCAACCGCAGCAGCAACCAACAAGCGCUGCCCCACAAAGCUCUACUGAUACGGCUCCAAAGGAGGAGACUAAGGUGCAAUUAGCUGCGGAAGAAGAAGAGUACGCGGAUUUCUCGGACUGACAUCGCGACUGCUUGUACAACAGCUAAGUACUUUGUUCUUGUAAAAUAGAGAUUGGGCUCGCCCAUUAUGAAAUAAUAGUUUGUUUGUUUUUAUGAUCAUGGUAAGUACUCUUUUGUUGGCUACGUACUGUUGGAAAUAGCAUGCUUUGAUAUUGUACUACUAGUCAUACAUCAUGCAGCGAUGACGGCGCAUCAAUGCAGAGAGACAAUAUUGAGUAUCUGACCUGGUCGACGGUCACCAUCUUUUUUGUUCCGAUUACAGAUACUACUUAUCUAGGAAAUGUAACCUGUUUUUGACGAAAAUCUAAAAUCACAAUGAAACACUGAUGCUGUGACGGAUUUCUCUCGGGGAUCCGAGUCUAGGUGUAUUGCCUGAACUUUUUUUUUGAUAGAUUCAUUCACGCAAGGGAAGCAAGCUUUCAGGGCGGCUCAGGAUAUAGAUGGAUGUAACUUUGUCCGUUGAAUGAUUCAUCCUUUCCUCAUCAUCACGAAAACAACAUUUGACGCGGCACUCCUCGGGCUCAUUUAGUUGUUGUAGAAGUACCGUAGCGGGCUUCUAGAACAGUCGGUAACCUAAGUAGACGGUUUCUGGCGUGCAAUAGGGCAAAAGAUUUUCAUGGGUUUUUAUCAGGAGUAGGUAAAUUAUAGUGUUUUUUUACAUCUUUUACUUUAGUUCUUUCCUCGAUCGUUGUUCGUUCUCUUUGCGUUGGGAGACUUGUAUUUUUUUGAUACAUGGUUCCGUGCGGAAUGUUAUGCCUUAAUUCAUCAAGUUGAUGUUUGUUUUUUUGUAGCUAUCGUCGUGUUUCAUCUUAUGAAAAGAGAAUUCAAAAGGUCAAAUACAAAUAUAUCUAGUUACCUUGGAAUGUUUUAUCUAUUCCUGUAACCACGUUGGAUCAUCUUUGACGACCGCAAUGCAUGGGAAAGGGGAGCACUGCUGGUAUGGGCUGCGGAGAGGUUGGGGAAUCAAUAUAGAGCGACGACUUUCCUCAGAGAUUGUUCUCUUGAAGAAAUGAAUAUCAAAAUUAUGAAUUGCCGGGAGAAAAUUAGACGCUGGCUCGUCGCAAACGACAGUGUCCCUAAUUCUAAUUCUAAUUGCAUUGAUUGAAACACUUAUCGUGGGUCACGACAUGCGUCUACCUGGUGGAAACUUUGCGCUUGUGAACUCUUAUUCGAUGAUGCUGGGGUAUCAUGCUAUGCAUCUAGUAUGAUUGAUCUUGACUGCGGUGCUUGGCGGUCGUUCUUGUCAAUGUUGAAUUCUUGUUGUUGUCUGCUACUGCCAUUAUUCUACAACGAACUUCAACUUCCUUGCGUCACCUAGACGAAGAUGCUGCAGGCGCAUACUAUGCAUUAGUGGAUCAACAAGUUAGAGACUCAAAUACGA